ACUUCACGAAAUCUAAAUGCAACUGGUGUCAAGGCACAACUAUGUCAGCGUUUGAAGCAGGCCCUCGAAGCGGAGGAGGCAGAAGCGUUGGAGAAUGCUAGAAAAGCGAGCGAGGAAGCUGAUAAAAAACGAAAGGCCAAUGAAACUGCGAAAUUGGCUUUCUCUUGUCCUGGAGAUAAAGGGAUUUCUUCAGAAUUGAAGGAUAGGUCGCCUGAUGAGUCUUCUUCUAUUGUAUCCAAUAAGAUAGAUCAAUCGAGAUGCGUUUUGAAAAAUCAGCCUUCUAUUAUUGUCCAAAGGCAGGCUGGCGCAGAUUUCUAUCUUCAAGUGAUCGGUCUUGAUGUCGUCCUCGAGACCCGUAGCGGCGUAAUGGAUGAAGAUUCUUAUGAGCUCAAGCAAGUAGUUAAGCGUCCCCGUAUUGCAGGAAAACCUGAUGACGAUGAUUCCGAUUAUAAGACCAUUGAUAUCCCCUUGCUUUAUGCAUGUGCAAUACUUGAUCCAUUAUCAAGAGGCUUCUUCCUCCUUCCCGAUGUGGAAUCUUUCAUUUUUUCCUUGGGCUUGCCAGUAUCACGAUUGCAGGUACGACAAAUGCUCAGACGUGUUUCAGGGAUCAGAAAUCGAAUUUUUUAUCGUAGCCUUACUGAUGUCAUGGCCUCAUCGAAAGUCGGGCAUUUCAUUCUAUCUGAUAUUGAUGAUGAGGAGUACAUGCAGGAGCUUGUACGUGGAGGGGACGCUGUUUUGGAAGAACACGAAACCGAAUCGAACUACCCCGCCAGUGCGAUUAUUUUAUCUAAUUCCGACGACUUAGACACCCUUGUUCAUGCAAGUGAUGCUACUGGGGAUUCUUCCACUCCUGCCACAGGCUUUUUAAUGCGAUUGCGGCGCCUGGAGAUGGAGAAGCAGAAAAUGCAAAUGUUAAUUCGGAGACAAAGCAAAGAAAUUGGUAAUACAUUGAAUGAGAACGCCAAGGAAAUUCCGCUAUUGCGGCAACGAAUAAGGGAAUUCCAAGAAAAGCAGGAGGAAUAUUACGAUAGAUAUUGGGGUGAAAGGGAUAAAGUCCAUACUGCCGUCCGCUAUAUGGAAGGGCAUCUCGGAGAGCUCUCUUCUAUGCGCUCUUCUCUUUCAGCCGUUUUGACUCGAAUUCGAAGUAGACCCAAGUCCAAGCAAACGAAUGAUGGGAAAUCGGAGGACUCCGCUACUGUAUCUGAAUCCGAAAACAUUUUCCCUGCACCUAAUGACCCAGUCGCUGUAAAGAAGGUACUUUCUUCUGUCUUGGCAGUAUAA